AUGGCACCUGGAGCCGGAAAGACAAAGCAUAUGUCUAGAAAGUGCAACAAUUGCUACAUCAGCGGCGAUGAGAAGCAACUUUUCGCAUGCUCGAGGUGCAGGUCCCAGUACUACUGCUCGAAAGAGUGUCAAAAAGGCGACUGGAAGAACCACAAGACGAUAUGUCAGAACAACGGCUUGCUUGAGUCUCGUCUGAAAGAGCACGAGUCCACUGCGCUGGGCAUGAUGGACCGCCUGAUGCUCGUCGAUGGCAUUUCCAUGUACGAACUCGACCAGCGGCUCGAGAAGUGGGUCAAGUUCCACAAUUCCACCCUCAUGGCGGCCACAAUCCAAGCACUCCGCCUCCCUGUAGACAUCUCCCGCGCGCGCACUCACGUCCUCUACAUCCUACUCGAACCUCGCCCGGCAUCCGAGCAUAACGACCAGGCCGGCAAGUUCCUCCGCGCUCUGGAGGCGGAAGUCAUCGCGAUUGAAGACGCGAUGCGCAAGGAGAGCCCAUGGCCGGAGAGCCUCAUGCAGCUCAACGGUAUGGCAGACGACAUGGAGCGGUCGGGGCACGGGACCGUCGCCGCGGCGAUGAUUGAGUGCCCGCCGCUCGCGGUGCAGACAGUGCCGUUCGGGUCGAUGUCCCAGCGGGCGCUGAGAAGCGAGAUCCUGCGGGAUACAUGGAAAAGCUUCUUCAUGCAACAUAUCGAGCAAGGCGCGCGGCCGAAGCUGGUUCGAGCGAGGCCUGGAGGUCGUGGAUGAGAGAGGACGUGCAGCACAGUACCUAUCCACAUACUAGUCAGGAUGAAACGCGUUCUCACCAAGACAACGCAUAAUAUCACUCG